AGAAUCUUAGAGCAUUAGGGAAUGGACUGCUAGGUACUUCAGCAGAGCAUUACUCUUGCAUCCUAUGUCCAGACCAGAGCUGUGCUCAACAUUUGAAAAGUUUGAACAUAUAAACUGACAAGUAUCCACCACCACAAGAUGGGAAGUGGAAUUAGUUCAGAGAGCAAGGAAUCAGCCAAAAGGUCAAAAGAACUGGAGAAAAAGCUUCAGGAGGAUGCUGAGCGAGAUGCAAGAACUGUAAAGCUGCUACUAUUAGGAGCAGGAGAAUCUGGGAAAAGUACUAUUGUUAAACAAAUGAAGAUCAUCCAUAAGAAUGGUUACAGUGAGCAAGAAUGCAUGGAGUUCAAAGCAGUAAUUUACAGUAAUACAUUGCAAUCCAUCCUAGCUAUUGUGAAAGCCAUGACUACCCUUGGAAUUGAUUAUGUAAAUCCCAGAAGUGCAGAGGACCAACGACAACUUUAUGCAAUGGCAAAUACCCUGGAAGAUGGUGGCAUGACGCCUCAACUGGCUGAGGUAAUAAAACGGCUGUGGAGAGAUCCGGGAAUUCAGGCCUGCUUUGAAAGGGCAUCUGAAUAUCAGCUCAAUGACUCAGCAGCUUACUACCUUAAUGAUUUAGAUAGAAUAACAGCAUCUGGGUAUGUGCCAAAUGAACAAGAUGUUCUCCAUUCUCGAGUGAAAACGACUGGAAUCAUUGAAACUCAAUUCUCCUUUAAAGACUUGCACUUCAGGAUGUUUGAUGUAGGUGGACAGAGAUCUGAGAGAAAGAAGUGGAUUCACUGCUUUGAAGGAGUUACAUGCAUUAUAUUUUGUGCUGCACUUAGUGCCUAUGACAUGGUCCUCGUGGAAGACGAAGAAGUGAAUAGAAUGCAUGAAAGCCUUCACCUGUUCAACAGUAUCUGUAAUCACAAGUAUUUUUCAACGACCUCCAUUGUCCUGUUCCUCAACAAAAAAGAUAUCUUUCAAGAAAAGGUAACCAAGGUGCAUCUUAGUAUCUGCUUUCCAGAAUACACCGGGCCAAAUACAUUUGAAGAUGCAGGAAACUACAUCAAGAACCAGUUUCUAGACCUGAAUUUAAAAAAAGAAGAUAAGGAAAUUUAUUCCCACAUGACUUGUGCUACUGAUACCCAAAAUGUCAAGUUUGUGUUUGAUGCAGUUACAGAUAUAAUAAUCAAAGAGAAUCUAAAAGACUGUGGGCUUUUCUAAUCAACCAUUUUCUCUUCCACUCUUGCUCAUGCAUGCUUUUCAAAAUAUAAAAGAAAAGGUGCUG